GACAAGGAGCGGAAGCAAUGGCUGGCGGAUUUGAUAGUCUCCACCUGAUUGGUUGAACGGUACACGUCGUUGCAUAGGUUUAAAUGAUUAGUGGCGUUUGUUUCAUUCUCCCUGAAAAAAAUAAACGAAUUACGAACGUGGGAAGGUGUCAAACGGUAGUAAACACAAGCAGGAGCCAUUUUUCACUUUGCGCUUUACUUCUUCCCAAAGCUCGGCGCCCAGAAGCCAUACUCUGUGGCAAAGAACAGGCGAGCAGGGCGCUUGGCUUUUAUUUUGGUACUGUGGCGUAGUCGUCGUGCGAGUCCUUUUGGUUGCUGGUGACGCAAGUCCGGAAUUAAUUCAGAAAUCGGCCUAGCGAAGCUCGCUUCGACGCCUCCGCGGACCUCUCGGGGCUCUUCUCGGCUCAGUUCGCUCUCGAAUCCGCAGUCGUCUGGAACGGGCUCCCGGAAAUACUGAGACGGCGCGGAUUAAAGAGACUCCAUGUUGGUUCCUGGACAGAACGGCCACUUUUUUAGUGUCGGCUUAAUAGCUGCUUAGCUUCUCAAAGGCCGGGCGGGCAUUGAGUUGAGGGAGUGUAGAGCGUGGUGCACAAGAUGGCUGAUGGCACAAGAAAAGGGGGGAAUGAUCAGGAGGAUGCUCUGGACGCUGCUCCUGUGGUGGUGGGUGAUGAGGCAGACAAGUGUCCCAUCUGCCUGAACCCGCUGCUGCUGCGAGACUUGGCUAUUCUGGCCAGCUGCUGCCACAGCUUCUGCCUCCGUUGCAUCCUGCAGUGGGCAGAGAUAGCGCCGUCUUGUCCAGUAGACCGAAGACCCUUCAGCAUUGUCUACAAACGGGACACAGCCCUGGGCUACAUAAAAAUUCCUGUGAAGAAGACGACCAGCAAAACAAGCCUGGAGACAUGUGGCUGUAACAAGAGGAGUGAGAAAGAAAGGCGGAGUGUUUUAAGCAGGAGAGAAUUCAAGAAGAAACUGACUGUGCGUGGCAACUGGCCAUCCCACCCUAAAGUAAACAAGGACUCUGAAAGAAAAUGUGACUCAGUUGGCUGCAGUUGCAAGCAGGACUUGUCUGCUCUGAAGAAAAAGGUGAUUAGAGACCCUUGCAGCCCUUGGCCUCUGCCACCCUAUGCUCCCUGCUCAGGACUUGGCGUCAGGCAGAACGGAACCCCCACAUGUGCCUUUGCAGAAUUAAUCUCUGCGUAUGAGGAGGAGCCCUUGAUUGUCCGCAAGUAUUGCGGGCUGGAAGUCCAAGGCCGGGCCCAGCUCACUGUUCCAGCUGCUGUCUCCACUGACAUCCUCUCCUGGCAGUCAGCUCAUUCACGUGACGUGAGCAGAAGACGGUGCUCUCUUGGAUUUCCAGUACCAGGCUCUGCUGUACCUCUUUCUGUGGUUGGAUGGUUAGGUUUUCAGGGAAGAGUGUGUGCUGUCACAUAUACAAAAGGAGAUGAGAAAAAGGGUACUAGGUCCACCGAUACAAAGGGUUCCAAGAACAAUAUGGAUGCUUUGCCUAAACGAUGUUCUGCUCGAAACAGCAGAUUACAGGAGUCGCACCCCACACAAGAACCUUGUUCUUCACAAUCUGGACAUUCAGAUUCAAACUCAUUAUCAGACCCGUCACCGACAGCUGGUGGUGGUUCGAAAUUGAACAGCAAACCCACUGGCAAGAGGAAACCAAAGCAAGUGGCCAAACGGAAACCAAGUGUGAAGAAGAAUACAAGAGCAAGGAGAAAAUCCUUACAGGAAUCCCAAAACAGUUCAGAGGAAGUUGAUGACCAAAUGCAUCAGGAUUUGGGGGAUGAAGAGAAACAAAAAGAAGAUGAAGAUGAAGGAGAAGAGGAGGAGAAUAUAGCUGAAAGGGUGGACUCACUAGUGUCAGAUAGCGAAGAACUUGUAGUAACAGCUGCUUCCGCUAAGGACUUGAAUGUGAAAGAUGACUGCUCAGAAAGCUUGUAUCAUAGCACAGAGCAUGAGGAUAAAACUGAGGUAACGGAAAACUUGUUAGCCACCAGUAAUCAUGACACUACAAAUGACAGCAUAGAUGGUGAGGAGGCAGUGUACCAAAAUAAUAUUCCCCCAUCUUCAGAGGAACAAGUGCACAAAAGGGAAGAUUUGGAGAAUCUGGACAUUCCGUUAUCUGCGGAGGAGGCACUGAAGAAAACUGAGAUGUCCGUAAGUGAAGAUAAUGUAUCAGCAUCCGAUGGAGGUAAUGAUUCAGUGAUAUGCAGCCCUCCGUCUUUUCCUGAACAUGAGGAAAUUCAGUUGAGUCUUCCUAGGUUAGUUGACCGGCUUGGAGAUGCUGACAUUGCAGUCUGUUGUGAUAUUAAUGAAGAUACUGCAAAAGAGGAAGUCAUGGAGACAAGUGGAGUCAAACAGCCUAAAGAACACUAUGUUUUAAGUGGAAACCAGAAUGAUGGUUUUCACCAGAGUCAAGGUCUAGAAAUAUCCAAAAGUAAUUUUUUACAGGAGAAGGGAAAUGCCCCUUGUCCAGAAGUUAUGGAUUCUUUGGAUAUCGAGAGAGCCAGCAACGUGAAUUUUGUUUCUGAGGACAACACGGAAAUGGUGCCUAUGGACUGCGAUUCCCCCAAAAAUGAUCAUGAUGAGUUCACGUCUGAACCGAAGGUUAAGAAUGAAAAUACUGUCUGUGUCAACAUGGUUCCUGCUUCUGACAGUCAAGACUCUGAAGCAUGCCAGAGGCCUACUGAAGGUGAAGAGGUCUCUGUUGAGCAGAAAGAGCAAGGUGCCAACCGGCAGCGGAGGUCACGCUUCCAUUCCCCAUCUACUACCUGGUCACCAAAGUCAAAAAAGGAGCAAGAACAAUCAGAAUUCAGGUCCAAAGAUAAUGCCAGUCGGUCUAAAGCAGAGCAGAGAAGGUCCCGCUCUAGAUCCAGGGAUCGUGAUCGUGAUCGUGACUGGGACCGCACCAAAAGUUGGUCCUCCAGAUACAGGUCUAGAGCCAGCAGCAGAGAUCGAGAUGGCCAGAAAAGUGAGGAAGUUGGAAGGAACCGGCACAGAGAGAGAGCUGGUAGAAGGCGUUCUAGAACAAGGUCUCGUUCUAGGUCCCGGACGCGUUCCAGAUCCCGUUCCAGAUCUUGGUCUAGAAACCGAGGUUAUGGCAGAGGGUCAUCAGUUGAGCGUACAGAGUCGAGUGGACGUUCCCCUCGGAGGAGGGAUAGGCGGGAUAAUGAUGGCAGGAGAAAUCAUAGGGGGAGCUACCAACAAAGACGACACGAUCAGGAAAAACCAAGCAAUAGUUUUAGCACAGAACUGGCUGAAAGUGAAAGCCAGAGAGAAGCGUCUCUUGAGUGGGCCAGAGCGAAGAACCCUGACUGGGUAAAAGAAAAGAUGAAUGCCGACUCAGAAGCACGAGGCCAGUCCGUAGGGACAAAUUCCCCUCGUUGGGAGGAGGGCUGCAAUAAUGGCGUGGGAGACAGCUGGACACGCAGCACUAAACAAGGGGGCUGGAACCCAGACCACAGACGCAGCUCAGGCUGGGGCCAACGGGGGGAACCAACACAAAACUGGUGGCAGGCAAGAAAUUCUUCUUUCUCAGGAUCUUCAAACCAUUCAGGGAACGACUCCUAUUCACGGUUCAAUGAGAACCGUUUCAACAGGAGAAAGGGGGAGACGGAUCACUCGGAGCCUCCAGUUGACCGCUCGGGCUGGUCUUCAGCUUCCAGCUGGGCCGUUUGCCGGACACUACCUGCUGAUGUGCAGGAUUAUUACUCCAGAAGGGGACGUGGUUCGGCUGCCUCGGGAGGCGGGUGGAAUAGGCAAGAAGAAACCGCAGUGCAAGAGCCUCCUCAAAGUGAACCGAACACUCAGGGAAGUGGAGGACCACAGCUCCCCGUGAAUAUGAUGCAUCACCCCCAGUACCCCCCGCAGGCCGUGGGUCCGCAGGCCGUGGGUCCGCAGGCCGUGGGUCCGCAGGCCGUGGGCCCGCAGGCCGUGGCACCCCUGCUUCCGUUCCCAGCUAGUGCACAUGGCCAGCCCCUCAAACUGCCACCGGGACCCUUUGCUGUGCCCCAGCAGGUCCCGAUGUUCAUCCAUCCCCCUGUUCCACUGUUGCGGGUUCCGGUGGCGACAACUCAGGGCUUACCCCCUCCCCCACCCCCUCCGCCUCCCAUACAGCAAGUAGACGGCCACUCUGCUCAGAAGGUGCUGAGUAGUGUUACUAGCCAGGGGGGCAGCAGACCCGGAGGCACCGUUGCCCCUGGCCCCUCCAAAGCCCAGGGCAGCGUAUCCCAGGGGGUGCCCGGAGUCGCUCUGCCGUCCUCCACAACACAGCCCCGCUCCACAGACAAGCGCCCGGCGAGUAAAGGCAGCGCAGACGGGGACACGCAUGCAGACAGCUCCAAGAAAGAGAAGAAGCUACAGAUUCAGGAAAAGGCUGUCCAGGAAGUCAAAAUGGCCAUCAAGCCCUAUUACCAAAAUAAGGACAUUACCAAGGAAGAGUACAAAGAAAUAGUGCGAAAAGCGGUGGAAAAGGUUUGCCAUAGCAGGAGCGGAGAGGUCAAUUCCGGAAAGGUUGCAAAUCUGGUGAAGGCAUACGUUGAAAAAUACAAGCAUGACCGCAGGAAUAAGUCUGAGAACCACAAGUCUUGAAGACCAUCCCUCUGACCGUGUGCUAAGUGCAAUUUCUACCAGCUGUAUCUUGAUAUCCCAUGUUUUGAUAUCUUCUACCUUAAUAUAAGAUUUUCUAUAGAGUUCAUAUUUUGUUUAAUAAUUGAAUUGUAAAUUAUAGUAUGAAACCCUUUAUUUUAAUUAGAUGGGGUGGAUUGGGAACUGCUGUAAUUGGCCAAGCUCCUCCCCUAAUAUUUCACCAUAACUUUGCAAAGCAGACCUGGGGGCUCCUGUUUUUUAUUAGGACUUGUACAGAACAAGGAGCAGUAGCUUCUAAGCUGCAUUUCCCUGGUCAGUGAUCAGUAUAGGAGCAACAUAGUUCUGGCUUUCUUCAUCUCUCAGCUAUUUAGUUUAAAGUUGAUUUUGUAUUGUAGUUCAUAAGAG